AUGAGUGCUCACAAUGGCGUUACUGGCAAACUCUCUAGUAGAGUCAUGAACAUGAAGUUCAUGAAAUUUGGUAGGACCGAUGACGACGAAAGUUCCAACUCCAACACUCCCUCUAAUGCCAAUUCAGACGUGGAAUCCACUGAACAAAAAAGAAAACUGUUUGGUCGAGAUAACUCAGAAUGGGACCUCAAUAGCUAUAAUGACAGUGUGGAGGAAAACUUACACAAGGAAAAGAAGAAGAUAAAAAAAGUUGUAUAUAAGAAACGACGCCAUCCCGUAAUCUCCAAUGUCGGUUACAGUGAGCUACGGAAAUCUGAGGGCUUGGUUAGGGGAAGGAAAACCUUUGGUGACAGUGCUGAUGAAAUAAAUGCUAAAAAGAGAGGACUUGAGGAAAGUGAACAAAAUGAAGAGGGAAAUGACGCUAAAGAUAAGGAAGCUACGGGAGGCCAAGGCCAAGACGAAGACGAAUAUGGUCUAGAUAAAUUAUUCAAGGAUAGCAUCAAGAAGAGGAAGAUCUCUCAAAAUACAAAAGCAAAAAAGAAAAAGUCGAAGCAAUAG